AUGCAUUUGAACACGGCUUGCGUUGGGGCGAGCGUGGCUCCAACGGUGAUCUCAACUUGGUUCUCUCAUUAUCUCGACCGCAAAUCUCGUCACCAAAAGCCAACCGCACAUGUAUCCUACGACGAAGGACUGCACGUCGUUCGUGCUUUCCUCAAACAUGCUGCCGGCCAUACCAUCGAAGAUAUCCAGGCGUUCACUGCUCAGAAAGUUCCCACAUCGCAUUGGGUCAAGAUCAAGGAAGACGUCGUCCCGGCAGAGUAUCUCACCAAGGCCGCCGACAGCAUCAAUUCGCAAUUGGGGGAGCGCGGAAUAACUCGAGUCGGUGGGAAGACGUGGUGGCAAUGGCGUGGCCACGAAAAAGAUUUACGAUUUGAGUGGAUUGAGAUGAAGAGCGAUUACAAUGCGAGGAAACGGUCCGCUGCGCGUUGCAAGCGCGUGAUGUUUUACAUACAUGGCGGAGCCUAUUUCUUUGCAUCCUAUCGCCUGUCGCCACAGUUUCCAUUCCCCUGCGGGCUUCAGGACUGUAUCGCAUCUUACCUGUAUUUACUGACCAUCCAAGAUCCGUCAGAAAUCGUUGUGGCCGGUGAUUCUGCCGGCGGAGGCAUGGUUCUGUCAAUGCUGGUUGUCCUCCGGGAUCAAGGCAUCCCUCUUCCCGCUGGUGGCAUUCUCAUCUCUCCAUGGGUCGACCUUACUCACUCUUUCCCAUCUGUCGCAAGUGGAAGUUCGCUCGACUACAUUCCGGAGCACGGAUUCAUGCACCGUCCUUCACAAGCAUGGCCACCCCCAAACGCAGAUGAUCUGGCUUCAAUAUAUAAAGCGGCCGAGGAGAAAACAACUGUCGAUAAAACCAAAACCAAUUCGGUUUCCGCAAAAGUCCAACCAGCAGAUCAGAAAACAGCUGUGCGUGGAUUCACUAUGCGGCAAGGCAGUGGCGAAAAGGUGGGCCAUACAUACCCCGGAUUGCAUACCAAUCUUGAACCAGCUCAAGAGGAACAUAUUCGUACUGGCAAAGCGGAUACUCUCGUCGUGCCCAUGCAAGAUAACACGGUGGUCGAGAUCAAAGAUCAAAUUCAAAUGUACUGUCCAAACCAGUUGUUGUCGCAUCCACUAGUUUCACCCAUCUUGCAGCCGUCUCUUGGUGGGCUACCACCUCUUCUAAUCCUAACCGGUGGCGGUGAAAUGCUCCGCGACGAGCAGAUCUAUCUAGCACACAAGGCCGCCGAUCCAGCAGCUUAUCCUCCCAUGGAUGCCUAUCUCGAUGAGCACGACCCUGACAGGACUAAAUUGAACCAAUAUGAUCCCACCUACGUGCAGCUGCAAGUUUGGGAAGAUCUGUGCCAUGUGGGUAUAACAUUAAGUUGGACUAAACCUGCAAAAUUCAUGUUCCGGUCCAUUGCUCAGUUCGGUGCUUGGGCUUUGGCACACGCUCAGCACGAAGAAAUCGAAAUCCCCAAGGACGAUACAUCCUCGAUUUCUAGCUCAUCGUCAUCCUCUGAUCUAGAAAGGGACCAGCCUAAAGGGUCAAUUGGGAAAGCAGGAGAUCCUCUGCCGCGAUUCCACAAACACAUCAUCCGGCAAAAGGUUGACAGGCAUGGAGUGGUAUAUCAUCUUGAACCCCCACAUGCGCUUCCAGCCUUACAGCAACCACGUGAGAAAGUCGGUGCUAUCAGUUCCACGAUUGUCAGCAAAUGGCUAGUAGCCAAGAAAGCAUGGGAUGAGAAAUUUGCCAAGCCAAAACUUCGAGUUCAGCGGAGCCGCAUCAAAGACUUCGAAAAAGGGUACUACGGAUUCGACGAUGAAAUACCCCCCGCAUGUGCCAUGGCGAGCAGGCGGAUGGAGAAAGAUGUCACGCCUCCGAAGCCGCGCAAGAGCUAUGGCAUGAUGCUAUGGUCUUUAGCUGCAAGCAAGCAUGACAAAGAAAUUGCCGAGAAAGAAGAGACUAAAGAUGAAAUCCCUGAUUCUGUUGUCGAAGUUGGACACGAUCGAAAUAUCGAUGAUGUGGCCGCUGAACAGGCUCGAGAUUCACUGUCGAAUAGGGACAAAUCCCACAGUCGACCGCGUAGCCAGCCGCGCAUUGUUACUGAUAGUGGCCAGGCAGCUGACAAUGAUCAAGACACGGCAAACGCCGUUUUCAAUGGCCCAACACAGCAACAGGAGGAACAUAGAGGAGAUACGCCUUCAUUUACAAAUUCAGACAAUACACCUGUCGUUCUGAUUCCAGGCCUCGAUACCAACGCCGGAUCACAGUCCUUGAAAUUUGUUGACAAUGCGAGCACAAGAGCAAUCCGUAACGAAGACGGAGUUAUCAGCGUGAAAGACAACGUAUCGCUAAGACCAGACACCUUUUCCUUGUCAAGCACCGACAGUGUACCAAAAGUAUCGGAAUCCUCAUUGAUCAGAAAAUCAUUUCAAUAUUCUGAGCAUAAUAGCGCUUUUGUGGACAGUGUCCCACAAACUCCAACUUCAGCCGCUGAAGAAUUGAUGUCGGCAGGCUCCUCGAUUGCAACCAACGCUGCUGUUCGCCAUGCUCCCGGUAUUCUAAGAGUCGAGAAGUCCAAAGUUCAAGAUUCAACAUCCCAGGCAGAAUCCAACUCGAAAGAAAAUGGUGUGAAUUUUGACAGACCUAAAAUGCCAGAGCGGGAUGAGUUUAUCACCGCCGAGGAAUAUCGACCUUGA